CAUAAUGACAUUACACCAGAUUCACUGGUGCUAAUCAGACGUGAUAUAGCAUUACACAAUAUAAUUCAUAAAUAAUACGCGUAAUGUUAAUAUUUUUAGGUUAAGUUUAUGUGAUCGUGAAAAUAACUGUCUGUUAACAAAUAAUUCUAAGAGAAGUGAUAUUGUGAUUUGAAAAAUUAACAAACAAAAAAUAGUUAUUCUGGAUUCGACGACCUCCAGCCAGACUUGAAAAGAUGGCGCAAUCGGUUUUCGGAGUAUGGGACUACGCGAUAAUGGCCUUAACAAUGAUUGCAUCCAUCGCAAUUGGACUAUAUUUUCGCUUCAGCGGCGGAAAACAAAAAACAAAUGAGGAGUAUCUUCUCGCAGAUCGAAACAUGUCUAUACUGCCCGUGGCAGUUUCCCUGAUGGCAUCUUUCAUGUCGGCCAUUACGCUUCUCGGGGUGUCAUCAGAAAAUUAUUCCUAUGGAAUGCAAUUCGUCGUCAUCAACAUAUCGUAUGGCAUGGCCACGCCGAUCGCAAGUCGGUAUUACCUGCCAGUGUUCUUCGGGCUACAGAAGACGAGUACUUAUGAAUACUUGGAACUGCGCUUCGGGCCUCACAUACGAAUGCUAGCCUCCCUCACCUACACUUUACAAAUGGUGCUCUACAACGGUAUUGUGCUAUAUGCUCCUGCUAUAGUCCUCGAAGCCGUCACAGGCCUGGACAGACUGAUAUCUAUACUAGUCGUUGGAUUGGUGUGUACUUUCUACGCAACUUUAGGCGGAAUGAAAGCCGUAAUCUGGACUGAUCUUUUGCAAUCCCUAUUGAUGUUCGGUGCUGUGUUCAGCGUAGUUGUAUUCAGUUCUGUACAGCUUGGAGGCUUUGGGAAAAUAUUUACAAUUGCGAAAGAGAGAGGAAGGCUUGAGUUUGACAGUUUUAGUUUCGACCCGACAGUAAGGAAUACUUGGUGGUCACUGAACUUCGGGGGUUUGAUCACCUAUUUGUCUCUGUAUGCGGUUAAUCAUACGCAGAUUCAGCGUCUUCAGACGGUGAGAACGCUGGAGCGCUCCCAAGCGUGCCUGUGGUGGAGCUGGCCGGUGCUCUCCGUGCUCAGCAUCUGCACGUGCAUGAGCGGGCUCGGUAUUUUCGCCGUGUACAAGGACUGCGACCCACUGGCGGCCGGCAGUAUCACUAAGAUGGACCAGCUAAUGCCGUACUACGUGGUGGACGCGAUGAAAUCCGUGCCCGGCCUGGCGGGUUUGUUCGUGGCGGGUAUCUUCAGCGCCUCGCUGUCCACUGUGUCAGCCGCCUGCAACGCUCUCGCUGCCGUCACGCUCACUGACUACGUUGGCAAAUGGUGCCACGUGCGUGUCUCGUACAUCCCCUGGCUGACGAAGCUGGCUGCCUGCGGAUAUGGCCUCGUAUUCCUGGCUCUGGCCUUUGUGGCUGAACAUUUGGGAGGCUUACUUCAAGCAGCGCUCACCAUCUUCGGAGCUGUCGGAGGACCAAUGCUCGGAGUCUUCACUUUGGGCAUGUUCACAACCUUCACUAAUGAAAACGGCGUUUGCGUGGCCCUACUCAGCGGGAUGGCUGUAACACUGUGGAUCAGUUUCGGAGGCCCGCGGCCGCCGCCCGUCAGUCUGCCGGUCAGCGUCGCUGGGUGUGCUGCCAACAUUACCCUACCAGAGACUCGGACGACGGAUCCCAGUGACUACUUCUACUUGUACAGAGUGUCUUACUUGUGGACUAGCCCAAUAGGAUUAGUAUGGGUGCUGGUGGUAGGUUCACUUGUGUCACUAGCGUGGAAGCGGCAGCACCCGUGGCAGCGAGCUGGUCGCAAGCAUCCCGACCCAGCACUCUUCACACCGCCUCUCGCUCGCCGGUUGCGACACACGCAGGAGACGAAAGCUGAUGUACAGAUGGAUGCCUCCUAUCUAUGAGCCAGCUUUACGCGUCGGGUUUUUGUGAAUAUAAGAGUGCGAGCUGUUAAAGCGGUGAGCAACCGAACUGGCUACGUAGUGUAAUUUAUUUAUGUUUUGUAUCUUGAAUUUAGAUUUAUGUCAUAAUUUAAGUAGCAAAUGGUAAAAAAGUAGUAAAUGUAAAAAAAUGAGUAUAUGAUUUUCUUUUCAGUGAUAUUUUAGUCAGACAGACAAUUUUUUUUAGUUAGGUAGGUGAAUACCUAAUUAAUAAACUAUAAAAUCGAUAUUUGGCCGUAAUACGAGUCUCGAAUAAAUUAAAGCUAUUGCUUUUGUUGUGAUUGUUACACCCUUAUCUUAGUGAAAAUACUUAUACAUAUACACUCGUAAUAGUAGGUAUAGUCGUUCGAUUUGUAGCUGGCCCAAAACGGCUAAUCCUUUGUCUAUUGUUAAGUAAAAGGCAUAUAUGCGGCUAUAUUUAAUUGUUAUUCAGUGUGUAAUGACUUCAAUGGAUACUUACGUAGUCACAUUCCUAAAUAUAGGUAAAUAUAGCCACUAACCCCAUGCACCUUUGUGAUUUACAGGUACAGUUCGACAUAAAAUAGUAGAAAGUAAAUAGACCAAUACAAGUCUGCAACGAUAUUGAUAGCGCACGCAGCUCAAGUGUUAUAAUUUCAUAGAAGAUUGACGUUUAAAACAACACUUGCACUGCGUGUGCUAUCAAAAUGGUUGCAGGCUUUUCUUGGUCUAACUCUAGGUACGUAGAGUCAGUGCAGAGUUAGCUUAAACGGUAUCUGUUAUUUACCAAUUUACUUAUGAUAACUCAAGUACUUAAUAAUUGUAAUUGAAAUUUUUAAAUUUCACCAUAUUAUCCUAAAAGGUCCAGAGUGUUAAGUAGGUAAGUAUAGAUUUAUGAACGGUAGUAUCCAAGUAAAUUCAAAGAAUAUCCAGGGUAAAUCACCAAGGCAUAUUUCAUGAUAUUAUUCAUAUAUGUAUUUAUUUUAGGAAUAUAAAUAAAAUACUGUAAAUUUCGACACUUUAUGGUCUUAUUAUUAUACUAUACAGGAUACAACAAAAUAGUGGAGAUCCGUUUAAGGGCAUACCUAUUCAGUAUCGUGUUCUGGUUAGGGAAAAGUAACUAGAUUUUUUUUUUGCCGCGAAAAAAAAACUCCUAUGGGGCAGGUCGUCUUAAGACGGCUAUUCUUCAUGCAAAGGCGAAAAAUUUUCUUCUACUUUUUCCUAAUCAGAACACGAUACCAAAUAUGCCCUUAAACGGAUCCCCACUAUUUUUGUUACAUCCUGUAUACUUAGUAACGGUGUUGAAAAAAUACCCUGUAAUAAACUAGUAAUAUGACAAUAUUAUUAUUUAGGGUACCUACUUAUUUUUGUAGUACGGUAGUAAUUGUGCUUGACAAUAACCAUUUAAGAGUACCGUAAUAGAUAUUUACAAUACAAGUGCGGAAAGGCGAUUCCUAUGUUACUAUGUAGUUUAAGUACUUUAAGUUAAAACACGACCCAAGGGAUAAUAGGGACUUCCUACUUUCCGCACUUGUAUCGUAAAUAAUAAAUAACUAGGUAUUACUUUGAUCCCCAUUGAGUAAAAGUGCUCUAACAGUUUUUAAUAUAAAUAAUUAUAUACCUACCUAACCUAUAAUUAUUACAACCUCAUUAUUAUAAGUGUUAGAACAGGAUAGUAAUGAUUUAAUAAUAAUAAAAAAAAAACAAAGUAUGACGACCGGUCUGGCCUAGUGGGUAGUGACCCUGCCUAUGAAGCCGAUGGCCCCGGGUUCGAAUCCUGGUAAGGGCAUUUAUUUGUAUGAUGAUACAGAUAUUUGUUCCUGAGUCAUGGUUGUUUUCUAUGUAUUUAAGUAUUGUAUAUCUUUAUAUAUUAAGUCUGUAAGUCUUUGUACAGUGAAACCUGGAUAACUGGGAUCUCAAGGGACGAGCAAAUUUUGUCUUACUUAAAGAGGUUUUACUUACUUACUUACCCAGGCUCCCAGUUAGCCAGGUACAAAUAAAUUUCUGUCUCAUUUACAGAGGCUCCCAUUAAUAGAGGUGAGAAUAGAGGAUAUAUCUCAGUUAUAGAGGUGGUUAAUAAGGUAUUUUGUAAUUACCUUUAAAUGUUUAGGUAAAAUAAUCCUUGUCCCUAAAUAUUUUUUAAGUCUAUUUAAAUAUUUCUUUGAAUUUAUUUUGAAUGAUUUUCCAAAGGAUAGAUUUUUUCAAUUAAAUUUUAUACGGACGGAAGACGCAAUGAGUAUUAUAAAUUAAUUAAACGAAAAUUUCAGCUUUCGUUUCGAUAGUUUUAACUACAUAAAGCAACUAAAUGAAACUUGAAGUCGUUUAGACACAAUUAAGCAAAUGCGAGAUUUGUGGAUAGACUAAGAGUUAGGAAGAAUACGGAAAUAGAUCAAUAAAGUCCAAGUUAGAGAGGUCAUAGAUUGACGUUAUCUCAGAUACAGAGGUAAUUCGUAUAAAAUAAAAAAAAAACAAUUAGGAAAAUGUAAUCUUAUAAAUAUAGUCUCAGUAAAAGAGGUAAAAUACACUCUCUGUCUCAAUUGUAGAGGUAAAUGUGACUAUAAAAUCACAACAACUAAUCCCAGUUAUAGAGGUUCUUUUUUUCUCACUAACAGAGGUAAUUCAGUGCUAAAGUGUCGGGACCGCACCAUGAGUUCCAGCUAUAGAGGUUUCUCACUUAUCCAGGUCCCACUUAACCAGGUUUCACUGUAUAUUAUAUAUAUCGUUGUCUGAGUACCCACAACCCACAACACAAGCCUUCUUGAGCUUACCGUGGGGCUUAGUCAAUUUGUGUAAUAAUGUCCUAUAAUAUUUGUAUUGUAUUUGUAUUUGUAUGUACCUAGGCACAUUUUGAGGUAAGAAUGUUAUAAAUGAGUUUAUGUCGGCAAUUAAUGCACUGCACAGCUGUGAUAGUUUAACGAGAAAACGAUCUUCCAUUGCUUAUAAGAAAAAAGUUAUUUAUUGAAUAGUAGGUGUAAAACUGAAUUUUUAAUAUAUAAGUUUGUAAUAUUGCUAUUUUAAGUAUUAGGUACGUUAAGAGUGAACCUCGAAUGAUAAAUGUUGCAUUUUUAGCUACUUAUUUAUAUAUUAAUUUAGAUAAUAAUUAGAUGAAUGGUGUUAGAUGUUGUUUUAUGGUAAAUAUAAUGAAAUUUGGACGUUUAUUGAUUGUGUUUUUUUUUUAAUCAUGAUCAAUCUCAAUUCAUUUGUUAUUACAUAUUAACAAUCUACGAAAGUAUCAUUCUGAUCAAAUCUAGAGCAUUGUAUAGAGCUACAAUCAUAGUACUUACCUGUAUCAAGAAUGUUUAUAUCUUAUA